AUGAUUUUGAGAAAGGUUAGGAAUAAGCCCAGAACUACAUGGGAAGAUCUGGUAAAUGACCUUAAGAGAGCUAAGACCACAGUCUCAGAGAUUAUCGCUAGUAACACACUACACCGUCUUGUAUUAAAAUCCUGCAUGGCACACCAGGUCACGCCAGGACAUAUCCAUGCUCAUUUGAAAUUCGCCAGUGACCAUCUGGAUGAUCCAGAGGUGAUAUGGGAGAAGGCUACGUGGUCAGAUAAGACUAAAAUAGAACUUUUUAAUAUCAAUUCCACUCACUGUGUUUGGAGGAAGAAGAAGGAUGUGCACAAUAACAAGAACACUGUCCCAACCCUGUUUUCAUGUCCAGAAUGUGAGAAGAGUUUUAAGUAUAAGAGUCAUGCUGUGAUGCAUCUGAGAACUCACACAGGAGAGAAGCCAUAUUGCUGUUCAAAAUGUGGAAAAGAUUUUGCUAACAAAUCACAGCUUGUUCGACAUCUUAGAAUCCACACAGGAGAGAAGCCAUUUUCAUGUGCAGAAUGUGGGAAGUGUUUUAGUCACAAAUCAAAUCUUGAUCUUCAUCUCAGAACCCACACAGGAGAGAAGCCAUAUUCAUGUCUUGAAUGCGGGAAAUGUUUUAGUCAUACAACACCUCUUGUUAAACAUCAGAGAACUCACACAGGAGAGAAGCCAUAUUCAUGUCCUGAAUGUGAGAAAUGUUUUACUAAUAAAUCAUCUGUUGUUGAACAUCGAAAAAUUCACACAGGAGAGAAGCCAUAUUCAUGUCCUGAAUGUGAGAAAUGUUUUACUAAUAAAUCAUCUGUUGUUGAACAUCAAAGAAUUCACACAGGAGAGAAGCCAUAUUCAUGUCCUGAAUGUGAAAAGUGUUUUGAUCAGAAAACAAAACUUGUUAUACAUCUGAGAUCUCACACAGGAGAGAAGCCAUAUUCGUGUCCAGAAUGUGAGAAAUGUUUUAGUCGUAAAUCAAUUCUUGUUAAACAUCAGAGAAUUCACUUAGGAAAGAAGCCAUAUUCAUGUCCUGAAUGUGAGAAAUGUUAUACUGAUAAAUCAUAUCUUGUUAAACAUCAGAGAAUUCAUACAGGAGAGAAGCCAUAUUCAUGUCCUGAAUGUGAGAAAUGUUUUAGUGAUAAAUCAUAUCUUGUUAAACAUCAGAGAAUUCAUACAGGAGAAAAGCCAUAUUCAUGUCCAGAAUGUGAGAAAUGUUUUAGUGAUAAAUCAUAUCUUGUUAAACAUCAGAGAAUUCAUACAGGAGAGAAG